UAAAGCAACGUGUUACUCCACAGUGGUGGAUGCACUGCCACGCAGAGAUAUCUGGCAACAACGCAGUUUGCAGUAGAUUCAUAGACCAUCAUUACUACUCUAGACAGAUCAGAGAGUUAUGUAUGGCAUAUAAUGUUCCAAACACGACAUAUUCUUCUUGUUCUUCUCCUCUUCUCUAUACUCCCCCUCGCAAUCAUCUGGCAUCGACCAUCCAGCAUCACCGAUGUCUCCAAGAUCACCCCCGACAACCCCGACCAACAGUCACCCCAAACAGAGCCCGUCAACCCGCCAUCUGCAUUCAAACAGAAACAUCAAACAUGUCCCUCUCCUACUGAUCGGUACAAUCCCACUGGGGAGACCCAAGUCGUGUCCUGCUAUCCAUCCACCGGCGGAAUCUGGAUGACACAUCUCAGUCCCGUGGAGCUGGAUUAUCUCAACAUCGAUCGCUUCACACCAUCCAGCCGUUCAGGCAGACAGGCAGAAGAAGAUGAUUUCUGCGAUAGACUCCGCAUAUUCGGAGGCAAAUGGGCCAGCCAGUCCACGGUUGACCGUCACAUGGCCGGUACUUGCCCUGUUUCUGCACGCGCGCUCCUGUCCGAUUACGAUUUUGAGAUUUUUCGGAAAGUUGGAUUCCCUAGUCGUGGAGGGGUGACGGUAUUUAAUUAUGAUCAUUUGCAUCCUUUGACUGAAAUUGACGGUAUGAUGCGACGUCUGGCGAAUAUGCGAACCAUGGAGGAGCAAGCCCUGGUGCUGGAGGAGCAUGAGGGGCGGUGGUGCGAUGAUGUUGACAAUUGCCCAUCACUUGUAGAUCUAUGGAUGCAACCAAGAGAUAAAGAAAAGGAAAAGGAGGCCCGCGAGAAGCUCAAAGAGCCUACGAUCUGGAUUGGCUAACGGUAAGGCAAUUGUA